CGCGCUGCGGCGGGAGGUGGCGGCCAGGGUGGGAGGUGUGUGCGCGCGUGUGCCGCGCCGUAGGGAGCUGCGGGUCUCACCGCCCGCUGUCAGCUAGCUCAGCGCAGCGGCGCGAUGGCUGGAGGAGACGCGCGGGACCAGCCCCGAGGGGCCGGCCGCGGGUGAGCCCCUCGCCGCCUCCUGCGAGCAUGUCACCUCCAGCCUGCGAGGUCGCUUUCGCUAGCAGUGUCCGAGCCUCCGCCUCCUGCAGCCGCAGACGCUGCCUGGAGCUGUGGCCCCCGGACCCCCGCCCCUGAUCCGCGCCCAGACCCUAGUGCCAGAGGACCAUGGCUGGCCAGGGCGACUGCUGCGUCAAAGUGGCCGUCAGGAUCAGGCCUCAGCUGUCGAAGGAGAAGAUUGAAGGCUGUCACAUCUGUACCUCCGUCACCCCUGGGGAGCCCCAGGUCCUGCUGGGGAAGGACAAGGCCUUCACCUAUGACUUUGUCUUUGACCUGGACACCUGGCAGGAGCAGAUCUAUUCGACCUGUGUGAGCAAGCUCAUCGAAGGCUGCUUUGAGGGCUACAAUGCCACAGUGCUGGCCUAUGGACAGACAGGGGCUGGGAAGACUUACACUAUGGGCACCGGCUUUGACACAGUGACAUCGGAAGAGGAGCAGGGCAUCAUCCCAAGGGCCAUUGCACACCUCUUCAGGGGCAUCGAUGAACGCAAGCGGCGGGCACAGGAGAAGGGCGUGACCGGGCCUGAGUUCAAAGUCAGCGCCCAAUUCCUGGAGCUCUACAACGAAGAGAUCCUUGACCUGUUCGAUAGCACCCGAGACCCGGAUGCCCGCCACCGCAGGUCCAACAUCAAGAUCCAUGAGGAUGCCAACGGUGGCAUCUACACCACAGGUGUCACUUCUCGUCUCAUCAACUCCCAGGAGGAGCUGAUCCAGUGCCUGAAGCAGGGCGCCCUGUCACGCACCACAGCCAGCACCCAGAUGAAUGUUCAGAGCUCCCGAUCCCACGCCAUCUUCACCAUCCACCUGUGCCAGAUGCGCGUGUGUGCCCAGCCUGACCUGGUGAAUGAGACGGUGACGGUUCCGGACGGAGCAGCCCCCACCGGCACUGAGUAUGAGACACUCACUGCUAAGUUCCACUUUGUGGACUUGGCCGGCUCUGAGCGGCUCAAGAGGACAGGAGCCACAGGCGAACGGGCCAAGGAGGGCAUCUCCAUCAACUGUGGUCUGCUGGCCUUGGGCAAUGUGAUCAGCGCCUUAGGCGACCAGAGCAAGAAGGUAGUACACGUGCCCUACAGGGACUCCAAGCUUACUCGGCUGCUCCAAGACUCUCUGGGGGGCAACAGCCAGACCAUCAUGAUCGCCUGCGUGAGCCCCUCAGAUCGGGACUUCAUGGAGACGCUGAACACUCUCAAAUAUGCCAACCGGGCUCGCAACAUCAAGAACAAGGUGGUGGUGAACCAGGACAAGACCAGCCAGCAGAUUAGCGCGCUGCGAGCCGAGAUUGCGCGCCUGCAGAUGGAAUUGAUGGAGUACAAAGCGGGCAAGCGGGUGAUUGGGGAGGACGGCACAGAGGGCUACAGUGACCUGUUCCGGGAGAAUGCCAUGCUGCAGAAAGAGAACGGUGCUCUGCGGCUUCGGGUGAAGGCCAUGCAGGAGGCCAUUGAUGCCAUCAACAACCGCGUCACACAGCUCAUGAGCCAGGAGGCCAACCUGCUUCUGGCCAAGGCUGGCGAUGGCAACGAAGCCAUUGGUACUCUGAUCCAGAACUACAUCCGGGAGAUUGAGGAGCUGCGAACCAAGCUCCUGGAGAGUGAGGCCAUGAAUGAGUCCCUCCGCCGAAGCCUCUCGCGGGCUUCCACUCGAAAUCCCUACUCCCUGGGAGCAUCUCCAGCAGGCCCAGCCUUCGGGGGCAGCCCGGCCAGCUCCAUGGAAGAUGCUUCUGAAGUGAUCCGAAGGGCCAAGCAAGACCUGGAGCGGCUGAAGAAGAAAGAGGUCAGGCAGCGGAGGAAGAGCCCAGAAAAAGAAGCCUUCAAGAAGAGGGCAAAACUCCAUCAGGAGAACAGUGAGGAGACGGAUGAGAAUGAGGCUGAGGAGGAGGAGGAAGAGAGAGACGAGAGUGCCUGUGAGGAGGAGGAAGGACGUGAGGAUGAGGAUGAAGACUCGGGCAGCGAAGAGAGCCUGGUAGACUCAGACUCGGACCCUGAAGAAAAGGAAGUCAACUUCCAGGCCGACCUGGCGGACCUGACUUGCGAGAUUGAGAUCAAGCAGAAGCUGAUCGACGAGCUGGAGAACAGCCAGCGGCGGCUGCAGACCCUCAAGCACCAGUACGAGGAGAAGCUGAUCCUGCUGCAGAACAAGAUCCGAGACACGCAGCUGGAGCGCGACCGCGUGCUGCAGAACCUCAGCACCAUGGAGUGCUACACGGAGGAGAAGGCCAACAAGAUAAAGGCGGAUUACGAGAAGAGGCUGCGCGAGAUGAACCGGGACCUGCAGAAGCUACAGGCCGCUCAGAAAGAGCAUGCCAGGCUCCUCAAGAACCAGUCCCGCUACGAAAGGGAGCUGAAGAAGCUGCAAGCGGAGGUCGCCGAGAUGAAGAAGGCCAAGGUGGCCCUCAUGAAACAGAUGCGCGAGGAGCAGCAGCGGCGACGACUGGUGGAGACCAAGAGGAACCGGGAGAUUGCUCAGCUCAAGAAAGAGCAGCGGAGGCAAGAGUUUCAGAUACGGGCCCUGGAGUCUCAGAAGCGUCAGCAGGAAAUAGUCCUGAGGAGGAAAACCCAGGAGGUUUCUGCACUGAGGCGCUUGGCGAAGCCCAUGUCUGAGCGAGUGGCCGGACGUGUAGGAUCGAAGCCCCCCAAUUUGGAUUCUGGGGCUGAGGUGUCUGCCAGUACGACCUCGUCUGAGGCUGAAUCGGGAGCCCGCUCUGUCUCCAGCAUAGUGCGACAGUGGAACCGAAAGAUCAACCACUUCCUGGGGGACCACCCUGCAGCCACUGUCAAUGGCACCCGCCCAGCCAGGAGAAAGUUCCAGAAGAAGGGGGCCAGCCAAAGCUUCAGUAAGGCCGCUAGACUCAAGUGGCAGUCCCUGGAGCGGAGGAUCAUCGACAUUGUCAUGCAGAGGAUGACCAUUGUCAACCUGGAGGCUGACAUGGAGCGCCUCAUAAAGAAAAGGGAGGAGCUCUUCCUCCUGCAGGAGGCGCUUCGGCGGAAGCGGGAGCGUCUGCAGGCUGAGAGCCCCGAGGAGGAGAAGGGACUCCAGGAACUGGCUGAGGAGAUCGAAGUGUUGGCCGCCAAUAUUGACUACAUCAAUGACAGCAUCACUGACUGCCAGGCCACCAUCGUGCAGCUGGAGGAGACCAAGGAGGAGCUGGACUCGACAGAUACGUCAGUGGUCAUUAGCUCCUGCUCUCUAGCUGAAGCCCGCCUACUGCUAGACAACUUCCUCAAGGCGUCCAUUGACAAGGGACUCCAGGUAGCCCAGAAGGAAGCCCAGAUCCGGCUGCUGGAAGGACGGCUGAGACAAGCAGACAUGACAGGCACUUCCCAGAACCACCUUCUCCUAGAUGCUUUGCGUGAGAAGGCCGAGGCACACCCUGAGCUGCAGGCCCUCCUCUAUAAUGUGCAGCAGGAGAACGGCUAUGUGAGCACAGACGAGGAAGUCUCCGAGUUCUCUGAGGGAAGCUUUUCCCAGUCAUUCACCAUGAAAGGCUCCACCAGCCAUGAUGACUUCAAGUUCAAGGGUGAGCCUAAGCUAUCUGCCCAAAUGAAGGCUGUGUCUGCGGAAUGCCUGGGACCCCCAUUGGACAGCUCCACCAAGAACAUCACCAAGUCCCUGGCCUCCCUCGUUGAGAUCAAAGAGGAUGGAGUGGGCUUCUCCAUCCGGGACCCCUAUUACCGGGACAAGGUCUCCCGGACCGUCAGCCUGCCCACCCGGGGCAGCACUUUCCCUCGGCAGUCUCGUGGUGGCACAGACACAUCCCCUCUGACCCGAAGAAAGUCUUAUGACCGGGGGCAGCCAAUCAGAUCCACAGACAUGGGAUUCACGCCUCCAUCAUCACCUCCCACUCGGCCCCGCAAUGACCGCAACGUCUUCUCUCGUCUCACCAGCAAUCAGAGCCAGGGGUCAGCACUGGACAAGUCUGAUGACAGCGACUCCUCUUUGUCCGAGGUCCUGAGGGGCAUCAUCACCCCCAUUGGCGGCGCCAAGGGAGCGCGGACGGCCCCUCUGCAGUGUGUCUCCAUGGCCGAGGGCCACACCAAGCCUAUCCUCUGUCUGGAUGCCACCGAUGAGUUGCUCUUCACGGGGUCCAAAGACCGUAGCUGCAAGAUGUGGAACCUGGUAACAGGGCAGGAGAUCGCAGCUCUCAAGGGCCACCCCAACAACGUGGUUUCUAUCAAAUACUGCAGCCACUCCGGGCUGGUGUUCUCUGUGUCCAGCUCCUACAUCAAAGUGUGGGACAUCCGGGACUCGGCCAAGUGCAUCAGGACCCUCACAUCCUCGGGCCAGGUGAUCUCAGGAGACGCUUGUAUAGCCACAUCCACGCGUGCCAUCACCAGUGCCCAGGGCGAGCAUCAGAUUAACCAGAUGGCCCUCAGCCCCUCAGGCACCAUGCUGUACGUGGCCUCAGGCAAUGCUGUCCGCAUCUGGGAGCUUAACAGGUUCCAGCCCAUCGGCAAACUGACCGGCCACAUCGGCCCAGUGAUGUGCCUGACAGUCACUCAGACUUCGAACCAGCAUGACCUCGUGGUGACCGGCUCCAAGGACCACUAUGUGAAGAUGUUCCAGCUGGGCGACUGUGUGAUGGGCACCAUUGGCCCAACCCACAACUUUGAGCCCCCUCACUACGAUGGUAUCGAAUGCCUGGCCAUCCAAGGAGACAUACUGUUCAGUGGUUCCAGGGACAAUGGCAUUAAGAAGUGGGACCUGGAACAGCAGGAACUCAUUCAGCAAAUCCCCAAUGCUCACAAGGACUGGGUGUGUGCCCUGGCCUUCGUUCCUGGCCGACCCAUGCUGCUGAGCGCCUGCCGGGCAGGCUUCAUCAAGGUCUGGAAUGUGGACAACUUCACCCCCAUUGGUGAGAUCAAGGGCCAUGACAGCCCCAUCAAUGCCAUCUGUACCAACAGCAAGCACAUCUUCACGGCCUCCAGCGACCUGACGGUGAAGUUCUGGAGCAUGCGGCGGCUACCAGCAGCCCACCCUUGACGUUAGGACUGAGGGUGGCCAGGUCCUCAGACCCAGCGGCCUGCACAGCGUGGAAAGGAAGCUGUGGCCUGCCCUGCCCAGCCCAGCCAGGUGCACCGA